AUGGGUUUUCCGCCGCCGACACCAGGAGGGUUCGUGCUUUUGGGGGCCGCCAGGAGCAGGUGCCUUCUUCCUCCCUCUCGGGCUUCUCGCGCGGUGCUGACGUUGGUCGCCAGCCUCCGCCUCCUCUCCUCUCCCUCCGGCCGCAAGCACCCCCUCUUCUCCUCCUCGUGGUGCCGCCACCGGACGAGCAUGACACCGCCUCCUGCGGCUAUCGCCGCUGCCUCCAGCGGCCGGCGCUGCCUCCAGCGGCCGGCGCUGCCUCCAGCGGUCGGCGCCGCCUCUAGCGGUCGGCGCCGCCUCCUGCGACCUUCGCCUCCUCCUGCGGUCGUCGUCGUCGCCUUUCCCGGCCGCUGCCACCUUCUCCGGCAGUCGCUGCUGCUACCUCCGGCAGUUGCUACUGCUUCCAGCAGGAGCCGACCGCUAUCGCUGCCUCCGGCGGGUACUGCCGCCCCUGACGGCCAUCACCGCUGCCUCACGCCGCCUCCGGCGGCUACGGAUGCCAUUGCCGACGCUCCCAGUGGACAUUGA